UAGCCUGCGCAGAUUAAGAAUCCCCAACCUUUAUUUUUUACUUGUUCUCUCAUAUUCCUCUCUAAUUUCGAAGAGGCCUUGUGUUGCUGCUUCAUCGUUCCCUUGCUUUGGUGUCUCUCGAAGAGGUAUCAAUCACAGAACUCCAUUCUUGAUCAGAAAAGAGCCAGUUUCAUGAGCUCACGGUCAGUGCAGGAGCAGAUAGCACCUGAAAAUGAAGUUCUACAGUCUGGAUUGCUUAGUGCGGUUGAUGAUUUGUACGGGGGAGUUAUGGUGGAUAUGAAGGAACACAUGGAUGCUACUGUCUUUGUUCCCUUACUUAGGGCUUCAUUAUCAUAUUGGAGGGAACAGGGAAAGAGGGGUAUUUGGAUCCAAUUGCCUAUUCGACUUGUGCAUCUUGCUGAGCCUGCUGUCAAGGAAGGCUUUAGAUUCCACCAUGCUGAACCAGAUUACUUAAUGCUUGUGUGUUGGAUUUCUGAAACUACUGAUUCGCUGCCCGCAAAUGCUUCUCAUAGUGUGGGAAUAGGUGCUUUUGUCAUGAAUAGUAAGCGAGAGGUGCUCGUAGUCCAGGAGAAGGGUGACAAAUUUAAAGGCACGGGAGUUUGGAAGUUCCCUACCGGGGUUGUGGAUGAGGGUGAGGAUAUAUGUAAAGCUGCAGUUAGAGAAGUUAAAGAAGAGACUGGAGUUGAUACAGAAUUUGUGGAAGUUUUAGCAUUCAGGCAAAGUCAUCGGUCAUUCUUUUGCAAAUCGAAUUUGUUUUUCGUUUGCAUGUUACAGCCCCAUUCCUCUCAUAUUCAGAAGCAAAUUUCAGAGCUUGAGGCUGCGCAGUGGAUGCCGUUUGAGGAGUAUGCAGCGCAACCUUUUGUCCGAGACCAUAAGCUCUUCAAUUACAUUGCCAAGAUAUGCUUGGCUAAAUCAGAGAAAGGGUAUUCUGGUUUUUCAACAGUGUCUACAACCACAUCUUCCGGUAAAACGACAUACUUGUAUGUUAACAACCAGGAUUUGAAGCAGCUAUGAAAAUGACAUCAUAUUCUUUCUUGUAAGCGCAAUAAUGAGAAUAUGUAUGCCUCUGUAUAUGUUCUAUUCCAUUUACAUUGUUUUGAUGUAAUUGUAGU